AUGUUGAUCAAAGAUAGGAUAUGGAUUGCUUACGUGUGCAUAGCCAUCGGCCUGUUCUAUGCGGCAUUUCUGGUGUUCAAUAGUGGCAAUGUACAGCACAUCACUUCGGCGGACUGGCCACUGUUUGGAAGCAGCGAUACAGCGCUUGGGAAGGAAGAAAGCGAUUCUUCAAGUUCAUCUCCGGAAUCGAACGGCGCUACAACUUCACCGGCUUCUUCGCACGGCAAUCCGACACUUGCGAUUGCGACUUUCCUGACCGGCCAAGCCAACGACGACACCUACUUCAACUUGACCCGGAUGCUUACGUAUCAGCUAUUGCAGGUCCCUGAGACGCGUAUCCAAAACCCCGACAUUGGCUUUGUUGUCCUCUGCGGCACCAAGCUACCCGAAUCGAAACGCGAGAUCCUCCGCAAAGACGGCGCAACUGUCAUUCCGCUCGAAGACGUGCCAUUACCAUCAUGGAUCCAUACCUCCGAGCCGCGAUGGUCCGAACAAUUCACCAAGCUGCGCGUCUUCGAGCAAACACAGUACUCGCGCAUCCUCUACAUGGACGCCGACUACAUGAUCAUGCACCGCAUAGACGAAAUCUUCCGCGAGCCCAUCGUCACGCAGCUCACCCCCACACUCUUCAUACGCGAGAAGGAAAUCAAACAAGACGAGGGUCCACUACCUAAACAAUGGCUCUUCGCCGGGCGCUCCGAGAACGGCGGACAAGGCGGCUUCGACCACUUCGUGCCACCCGUACAAACCAACUACGCCAACGGCGGCUUCUUCAUGGUUGCGCCACAACAGGAAAUGUACGACCACCUCAUGGAUGUGAUGCAGAUUGAGCGUCGCUUCCCCACAACCUUUAUGGAACAGGACAUGCUCAACUAUGUUUUCCGGCGUGACGGGCCCAUGCCGUGGCGCGAGCUGGAUUGGAAGUGGAGUUCGAAUUUCGCGAAUCAGCGCGAUGUCGAUGGCGGGGUGCAUGCGUUGCAUGGCAAGUUUUGGGCUGAAGGACCGAAUGUUGUGAGGAAGAAGUUUAAGGAGCUGGUGAGACUGAUGGAGGAGCGGGAUGCUAAGAGGGAGCAGGCGGGUGAGAGGUGA